GCGAAUUCUCCGCCGUAACAAGGAUUCGUUGGUGUUUUGUUUGACGGUCAAUAAUCAGAAGUUUUGUUCUCGAUCCCAAGCCUUCUUCGGACAUGGCUAUGGUACUGGAGUCGUGCAGCACCGACGAGGUCUGCAAGGCACUCGGCGGCAACGACGAGCUCCUGGCCGACCUCCGCAGCAAGCUCAAGGACUGGUUGCUGCAUCAGCCGCAUCUGCCUCAAGAUAUGCCCGAGCAGAGAUUGGAGCACUUCGUUAUCAGCACGAAGCACAGUCUCGAGCUGGCCAAACAGAAGCUCGACAUGUACUACACGGUGAGGCGACUCGUGCCCGAGCUCUUUGCCGAGCGCGACCCCCAGGCUCAGUACGUCACUCGCCUCAACGAGUCGCUGCAAUGGGUCUGCUUGCCGAAAUUGACCCCGGAAAAGUAUAGAGUGUCGAUACUGCGCUCCAUCAGCGAGGAUCCGGCCAAAUUUCAACCCUGGGACUUUUUCAAGUACACCUUCAUGGUCGGGGACAUUCGCAUCUCCGAGUGCCGCAGCCUUGGCGACAUUUACAUUUACGAUCUGUCGGCUAUGCGGGUCGGCCACCUAGCCAAGCUCACGCCAGCAAUACUAAAAAAGGCAGAAGUUGCCGCGACGAAAGCUUACGGGGCCCGGAUAAAAGGCAUCCACUUCAUCAACGCGCCCAACUUCAUCGAUCGCAUCGUUACGCUCGUCAAGUCGGCCAUCAAGCCCAAGCUCGCUUCCAGGGUGCACGUGCACUCGAGCGGACUGGACUCGCUGUACGAGCACGUGCCCAAGUCCGUCCUGCCUGCCGACUACGGCGGCGAGCAAGCCAGCAUGAACGAGCUCGACGAAAAAUGGCGCGGAAAACUGGCCGACUGGAGGGACUGGUUCUUGAAGGAGGAAGUGCUGAACGCCAACGAGGAUCUACGCCCGGGACCGCAGCUCGACUACGACGAUCUUUUCGGCUUUCAAGGAUCGUUCCGCAAGCUCGAGGUCGAUUGAAAGCAGCAGCUCAGCUAUUUUUGCAGCUCCGUCCACUUACGUAAUCUUCUACACACCCUCAUUCCGAAAUGGCGCACGUGCAAAGGGAUUAACGCCUCGAAGCUCAUUGUAUGCUCUCGUACACGAUAUACUCGAGGAGUACCGUGUGCAAACAUCGACGGAAAUUGUUUGCCGCAC